GCUGAUAAUAAUCUCUCAGAUAUAUCAAUUAUGGCCCUCGUCACUGACCUGGUUGUAGCGGGAAUUGACGACAUGAAGGGAGCUGUAGAGUGGGCGAUGGCAGAAGUGAUUCAGAAUCCCCCUGUCAUGCAAAAAGCGCAGGAAGAAAUCCAAGAGGCAAUCGGGACCGAGCGCCUCCUAAGGCCUUCAGAUGUCCCCGGCUUGCCUUACAUGCACGCAAUCCUGAAAGAGGUGUUGCGACUUCAUCCAACAGGCCCACUUGGAGUCCCUCAUUUUAAUCCCAAGGAAGCUGUUCUAGCUGGCUACAAGAUCCCGAAAGAGUCCACUGUGCUCAUCAACAUCUGGGCAAUUGGACGAGAUCCAAAACACUGGCUUGACCCAGAAGACUUCCGUCCUGAACGCUUUCAAGGAACGGAGAUCAAGGUGGUCGGACAAGAAGCGCAGCUGGAGAUGAUCCCAUUUUCUGCUGGACGCAGGAUGUGCCCGGGGCAUCCAGUUGCUGUUCGUUUCAUCCCCUUUGCAGUUGCAAGCCUGAUUCAUGCCUUUGAUUGGAGCCUUCCACCGGAUCAAAACUCGGUCGACCUGAUGGAGAAGGGUGGUACAAUCGCAAGCAAGCUGGCUUCAGAGCUAACAGCUGUCGCAAGUCCCCGGUUGAGCUGCAAAUCUCUGUAUGAAUGAGGAAUUCAACUGCCGGACUAUUAUAUAUCAGUGCGCUGAUCCAAACAUAUCCAGUCUUUGACUUGAAUGACAAUCGUUUUCCGGAGCCACUGGCACCAAUAUUCCUUUGGUUCUGGUGGUACCUUCC